UUGGCCGAGGGACAGCGGAACCAACCUCGCCUCACAUCCCCCACGCUGCACUUUCGUUGGCGAUGAGGCUUCUGCCAGCUUCUACCUGUAACUGACUUCAUCUCUCAAGCUGGAGGUUUGACUGCGCUACCCCCCCCAGCCAGGGUUCAUGCCAGCUGGACACACUCUGCUUCCGGGGCCCCCGGCGGCCGGCAGGGAAGGAGCCGAGACCCUGAAGCCCGGGGUUGCAGCUCUGUCUCAGGCGCGGAGCUCAAGCAGGCCCCUUGGCGAUGAUCUGCUCCUUGUUCCUGGCCGUCCUGGUCCUGGCUGCAGCCAUGGGGGCCGCUCCCAGAGCUGACAGACAGUGUCCAGCCUGCGGGGAGCCGGCCUUGGACGUGGAGAGCCACCGGGAGCUGCUGCUUAACCUGGCCAAGAGGCGCAUCUUGGACCAGCUGCACCUCAGCCAGCGCCCCACCCCGGGCCGGCCGGUGUCCCGAGCUGCUCUGCGGGCGGCCCUGCAGCGCCUCCACGGGCCCCCGCAGGGGGCGCUUCCGGAAGUCGACGGGGGCCAGGAGUAUGACAUCAUCAGCUUUGCCGAGACAGGCCUCUGCAACUCCACCCAGACUCGUCUGGAUUUCCACUUCUCCUCCGACAGCUCAGCUGGCGGCCUGGAAGUCCAGCAGGCCCGCCUCAUGUUCUUUGUGCAGCUCCCCCCCAAUACCAGCUGCACUCUGAAGGUGAGGGUCCUGGAGCUCAGCCCACGUGACACCAACCUCGCCUCGGCCACUCAGCAUCUGCUGGAGGUAGACGACAGUGGUUGGCACCAGCUUCUCCUGGGGCCUGAAGCUCAGACUGCCUGCAGCCUGGGGCACCUGGCCCUGGAGCUGGCCCCCGAAGGGCAGGCGGCCUGGAGCCCCGUCAUCCUGGCGGGGGCUGCGCACAGGCCUUUCGUGGCAGCUCGGGUGAGAGUCGGGGGCAAGCACCGGGUUCGCCGUCGAGGCGUCGACUGCCAGGGCAGGCCCCGGAUGUGCUGUCGACAGGAGUUCUUCGUGGACUUCCGGGAGAUCGGCUGGCACGACUGGAUCAUCCAGCCUGAGGGCUACGCGAUGAACUUCUGCGCGGGGCACUGCCCCCUGCACGUGGCGGGCAUGCCUGGCAUCGCCGCCUCCUUUCACACCUCGGUGCUCAACUUUCUCAAGGCCAGCACGGCCGCCGGCUCCACCGGAGGCGGGUCCUGCUGUGUGCCCACCGUCCGGCGCCCCCUCUCUCUACUCUACUACGACAGGGACAGCAACAUCGUCAAGACUGACAUCCCUGACAUGGUGGUAGAGGCCUGUGGGUGCAGUUAGCCUGUGCGUGCAGGCAGCUGGGGUAGGGGGACCGGCAAACACGCCCUGACGAAGCUGCUCUUCCUCCAUAGUACGGCAUGGCCCUCUUCCUGCCUCUGUCCCGAAGCAACUCGGGGAAAUGAUCCCAACUUUGAUGUGACGAGACCUUCAUCUAGGGAGGGCCACUGUGAUCUAAGGGGAGCCACGGUGCUGUCUUCAUAAUGACCAGCCCCUUUCCUAGAGCGGAGUCCAUUCAGCAAGCCCCAUGUGCCCAACUGCCACCCCAGGGACCCUGAUGCAUCUCCCACCAUGAGCAGGGCCAUCUGAGUCCCAGACAGACACCCACAGCCCAACUGCAAUCCCGUCCACAAUCCCCUGCACCUCCUGCCCUUUCUACUGCGCGUCCCCCGCUUCAGGAUGAGUUGGCCAGCCCCGUUCCCUGCUUUUCUGGAUCUCCAGAGAGUCCCUCCCUUAGAUUCACUAAACAUUACAUCCUCUCUAUGUCUUGAGCCCUUUUCCCUCUGACUUGCCCAGUGGGUUGCUAAAGCCUCUCUUGGCAUGCCUUCAUUCACUCUUUGUCCUUCUCCAUUUGGCUCUAUACCCUUGGGGGCUGACUCACCUGAGUUCCUUUGGCCUCUGGCUUCCUGCUGAGUUUGACUGGCCUAGCAAACUAGCAAGAAUGGAAAGCUCUUACAAGCCAAGAGCGUGGAAGCAGGGAUACCAGAACUCAGGCAGAGCUGGAGCUGUGGAGGGAGUGGGGAGCUGGACAGGAGGUGUAGGGAUAUGGACACGGCCACAGUCACACAGAACCAUGGAACCUAGGCAGAGGGAGAGGAAUAAGAACCACACGGGCCUCUGUCUCCUCUUAGCUUUUGAUCUGCCAUUUGCGAGCUCCUAGAUGCUUCAACAUCCCUCCUCCGUCCCCUUAACCCUGCCCAUACCUCUGAAAAGAGGCCCUUCAUUGAGUCUUCUUAGUGAUGCAAACAUCGACAGCUGAGUGGGUCUUUUAUUUCCUGCCAGGACCCUGACGGGCACCAUAGAGCCUGACUCUGCCCUGCCCACUUUUCUCUCUUCACAGUCUCCUUAGGGCUGAACUUUCUGUCUGUCCCACACAUCAUGACUCCUCCUUCCCCAGGCUGCCUCCUUUCUUAGGUCCCGUCCUACUUCCUAGAACCAUCCUCACUGGUCUUCCAGCUAAUAAAGACCUGGGCUUUACCUGCUCCUUGCCUCCCUCUGUCCUCGCUCCGAGAGAUGAGACAGAUCCCUGUUCAACCAGCAAGUAGGUGACAACCUGUGGGCAUGCACAUGGUGGGAGGCAGAGACAAGGCAGCCUUCGUUCACCGAUCCUCAGGGCUCUCACCAGGAGUCCUGUCUGGGAGAUGGAGCUGGCCAAGGGCCACUUGAUUGGGAUGGGGAGAAGAAAAGGAAAGUCUGGGGAGAGGAGAGGGAGGCAUUGCUCUGAGACUGGGUCUUCUCCAGACCUUUGCCCUCUCCCCCCACUAUCCCCCCCGCUUCAGCUGGACAGCCCUGAACCAUGGGGUCGAUAUUGUCUGCAACCCAAGGCCGAGAUUGUGCAAGACCCGUGUGUCCUUUGGGAAACGUGAUGUCUGUGUUUGUUCAGCAUAUAACCCCCUCCUAUCCAGGUCUGAGGUCCCUGGAAAAGGCACCGUAAAGAAGAAAGUCUGAAAGAGGCCUCCUGGAGAAAGGCAAAUCUGAGCUGCGGGCUUCGUGAGCAAACGCCUACUCGCCCAGAAGUUCUCUGUCCUUUGACUUUAUGAGAUCUUCACCUAAGGAGAGAAUCUAAGGAAGCCUUCUGGUGCUUGGCCGCCCUCUUCCACCACUGUCUUCCACCCCAAAUCCAGCCCCUCCCAGAUCUCACCGCCCUCCUUCCAACUAUAGCUUCAGUCCCCAGGGUGAAGACUAAGGUGAGGUGAAGUGAGGUACUUGCCUUGGAGACAGAAUUUUAAGGGGAUGUCAAAAAUUCCGUCAGUCAAGAUAAUAUUUUAAUGCAAUAUUUUAAAAAAAUCAAUGCAAAAAUAUCCAAGAUGAACAGAAUAGCAAAUUUUAAAAUAAACUAAAUGUAACAGGA